AUGGCCUCUGUGGAUUUGAAAUUUGGAAUGAUCUUCCUAUCCCAGGUAGUUGUUGGAAUCCUGGGGAACUUUUCACUUUUAUAUCAUUAUAUGGCCCUUUACUUUAAGGGAUGCAGGCCAAAAUGCACAGAUUUGGUUCUCAGGCACCUGACUGUAGCCAACUCCUUGGUCAUUCUCUUUAGAGGAAUUCCAGAGACCAUGGCAGCUUUUGGGUUGGGACGUUUUGCCACUUAUUUUGGAUGUGAAGUUCUUUUAUAUGUUCACAGGGUGGCCAGGGGAGUAUCCAUUGGUGUCACCUGCCUGUUGAGUGUUUUUCAAAUGAUCACCAUCAAUCCUAGGAAUUCCAGGAGGUGGGUAGAGCUUAAAAUAAAAGCCCCCAAGUAUGUUGGCCACUCCAGUAUCCUGUGCUGGGCCCUGCACUUGCUGGUAAAUAUCAUUUUGUGUAUUUAUAAAACUGAAAAGUGGAACAACAAAAAUAUCACAAAGAAAAGAGAUUUAGGAUAUUGUUCUCCAUUUCUUGACAAUUUUCUGACCUCACUAUAUGCAGCAUUGACAUCUUUCCAUGACAUUCUUUGUUUGGGGCUCAUGACCUGGGCCAGCAGCUCCAUGAUUUUGAUCUUAUAUAGACACAGGCAGCAAGUUCAAUAUAUUCAUAGGACCAAUGUCUCCCCCAGAUCCUCUCCUGAGACCAGGGCCACCCAAAGCAUUCUUGCUUUGGUGAGCACCUUUGUAGCAUUGUAUGCCCUUUCCACCUGCAUCUUUAUUUAUUUAACUGUCUUUGAUAUUUUCAGUUGGUGGGUGGUGCACACUAUUGUACUAAUCACUGCAUGUUUUCCAACUAUUAGCCCUUUUAUUUUCAUGUUCCACAACCCCAACAUAUCCAGACUCUGCUGUAUCUGCUGCAGAAAAAAUGCACUAUUUUCUUAUCUCAUCAGAACAAUGUGA